AUGGAGAUCCUUUUGGAUGCUGCCAAUGGACAGUCCUCAGAAACAUGCACUCUUCCUUACAGUUUUACAGAACUAUUCAGGAUGGUGAAGUCUGCAUUGUAUUUCUGUUUGUUGCUUCUUGGACUUCAGGCCCAGGGUCAACAGCAGGAACAAAUACAUCACUUCCCAGAAGACCAGUCCCAGGCUGGUGUUGAAAACUUGCCUUAUGUCAAGCUAGCCCCCAGCAAUGCUGACUUUGCAUUUAAGCUUUACAAGCAGAUCAGAGAUGAGUUGCCCAACAGCAACAUUUUCUUCUCUCCUUUGAGUAUCUCCACUGCCUUUACAAUGCUCACCCUGGGGGCCAGAUCAAACACUCUCAGAGAGCUUCACAAAGGCCUUGCCUUCAACCUGACACAGCUGGAGGAGCAGGAGAUUCAUGAGGGAUUUCAGCAUAUCCUCCGCUUGCUGAAUGACCCUCACCGAGAAGCCCAGCUGAGCAUGGGCAAUGCCCUGUUCGUAGAUAACAGAGUGGAAUUGCUUCAAAACUUUUUGGAUGGCGUCACAAAUUUUUAUUAUGCUGAAGCUGUUUCUAGCAACUUCCAGAAUCCUCCAGAGGCUGUAAGAGAAAUCAAUAAGUACGUGGAAACAAAAACACAUGGCAAAAUUGUUGAUUUGGUCAAGAGUCUUGAUCCAGAAACUGUGAUGGUGAUCAUUAACUACAUUUUCUUUAGAGGCUCCUGGGAAAGACCUUUCAACAGUUUCCACACAAGAGAUGGUGACUUCUUUUUGGAUGCCAAGAAUUCUGUUAAGGUCAAACUGAUGCAUCAAAACAAGAAUUUUAAUGUCCACAGGGAUGAGAAGUUGUCUUGCUGGGUAGUAGAAAUCCCAUACAAAGGAAAUGUUACUUCAUUUUUUGUUCUGCCUGAUGAAGGGACAAUGAAACAGGUGGAAGAUGCUCUUCUAAAAGAAACGGUGUCUGACUGGUUGAGAUCAUUUAAAAAAAGAGAGAUCUACUUGGACCUUCCAAAAUUCUCUGUGUCCAGCUCCUAUGAUAUUAAGAGCCUCUUUAAGAAAAUGGGUGUGACAGAGGUGUUCAGUGGUCAGGCUGAUCUCUCUGGAGUGGCAAAAAGUCAUCUUCUGAAGGUUUCUGAAGCAAUUCACAAGGCCACAGUGGAUGUUACAGAGAAUGGCACAGAGGCUGCAGCAGUGACUCUGAUGGAAAUAAUGACAAUGAGCCUACCCUUUCCUCCUCCUCCUCGCAUCACCUUCAACAGGCCCUUCCUGAUGAUGAUUAUUGACAAAACCACUGAUGGCCUGCUCUUCCUGGGGAAAAUUGUGAACCCAGCUGCUAAGGAAGACUAG